AUGAACGAGUUACGUGUUUCCAUUGACACCACGAUGGUUCGGUUAGAUUCGAGUUGGGAAGGCCAAUGGAGCGAGCGCGAGCCAAGCCACUCUUCCUUCGAGCCUACCCCUCCCAGCACAAGCAGCCUUGGAGGGCAAACCCCCACGAGCUCAGAUAAUGAUGGCUCAUCUGACAUAAUUGGAGAACGGGCCAGAAGGGAUACUUCUCUCAGCGCUCUCAGUGCUUCCAGGGUGGGACUUGCUCGCACGAUUGAGGACAUCGUAUCAUCACUCACAAGAACCGCGGAACCCUUCUCUAAGCAAGAGGCUUGGGCAUCUAUCCAGGCUAUAGCACAAGAUAAUAUUGAUCGAAUUGUGCAGAGGGAAUCGCUGCAGCCAGAUUUUCCCGCUCCUUUGUCGAAGGUGUGCAUUGCGAACGACCCUGGCCCCGCCGAUCUUGCUGACCACCAUCUAAUCCAGGCACUGGAUUCGACUCGCGAUGAUAUGAGGGCAUGCCUCGAACAAGGGGUUUCCAUGCAAUCUCACGAGACGAUGAAGAUCACCACGCAAGAUGUCGGCUCGGACUUGCAGCAAGAAGAGCAGUUGAUAGCUAGUCAGGGCCUUCUAAGUAAUAGCCUCGACAUUUCACUUCGAAUUUCAUCAGGCGGACCUUCCAGAGCACCACUAUCUCGCAAGACCAGUCGCAUUGACAAGAGGCGCAGCCUGGCGCCGAGGCGCCGUCUACCGUCUACUGGUGGCAAUGGUGAUGCCCCAAAUCUACGACGUGGGCGGCCAAGUGAGCGGGGAUUCAGUUGCUCUCAUUGUGCAAUUGCUAAGAAAAAACUCUGUAUCAAGGCCGAUUUCAAAGAAUCUCGUCUCGUAUUCCACGACCUUUAUAAGACGCGGAUAUCAACACUGCUCAAUAACAUCGUUGGCUAUAGCUGGCGAGAUCCUCACUUGGAGCCGAUCGUAAUCAAAAUAUCGAAUGGCUUUGACACGCAGCUAGAGCUUGAACUCCAACACUACGUUGCUCGGAAUGAGAAUGCGCUCACCCACACGAUAUUUCGUGGCCUCGAGGCGGGCAUGAUAUACCCUAAAGCGAGAAGUACGUCUUUCGCCCUCCGAAAUGGCACGCUCACCGCAGAGAAAAUCGACCAUUAUUGUGAAAGACUAGCAUGUGAUAUGAUUCUCAGAGAGUCUCUGAGCUCAGUGAAUAACAGUCUCCUCCAUCACAUUCUCCUCUUCGCUGUAACGCAGAUAGAUUAUGAAGAUGAAAGUUCCAGGAUAGAAGGCCUAGAGAUGGUCCGCCUAGCCCUCCGCUUCUGGGCUAUCCAGGCUAUUUUCUUCACCUACCCAUGGAGAGUAGAGAGCGGAGGCCAUCUCAUCAGAAUGUAUCCACUGCAGCUACCUGGAUAUUGGAAUGGAAUUACGCUAUUACCACGACUAGUCAACCAAGAGCUCGACAGGGCAUUUGAAAAACGCAUGGACGAGAUCGAGAAGGAGAUAUUAGAGAAACUGCAGGUCGCCAUUUUCAAACGUCAUCGAGACCAGUGGUGCUCCAUUUUUCUGGCUUCCUUCAUCCUUCUGCACAGCUUAGAAAGGGACACGUGGAAUAUGAGGGCGUGGGAUCAUGAGACGAGAAGUCGAGGUGCUGCUGCCUGGCCCCUGAAAAGAACCCCAUCCGAAUAUUGCGAACAGAACAAGCAUAUCGCAGACAUCAUCGCCACCCACUUCAAGAUUGUCAAUCAAGGCAAUAGCCCCUUGAAACAAAACUGGAAUAAGCCUUUGAAUCAGCAACUACUGAGCAACAGUGUCAGAGCGAGGAGGUUCAUCUUAAGCAUACAGAGUGACUUCAAUUCCCCUUCAUCCAGUUACAAGGCGGAACUACACCAACCGAAAGAGUUUACCCGCGUUAACCCUCAGAGUUUGAACUAUACGUACACCCAGAUGCUUUUUGGGGAAUAG